AUGUUUUACGCACAGCCGCCACCGGCAAGAGUCCCACUAUCAUUGAUACUCCGAUCCAAUGGCUCGCCUCUGCGAUCAACGCGCCUCGCUAGCGACCCUCGUUACCACGAGCCUGCGCCUACCGUGCCUAUCCACGACGGCCCGCCGAAACAGGACAACAACAUGGACAUGCCACCAUGGCUCCAUCCGCAGAGUGGCAUGUGGUUCGAGAGGCUGUCGUUGGACCGCGGUCGCACCGUGAAUCUGGUGCCCACGGCCAAGAAGAGGAAGAGAGGCGCCCAUGGACACAGUAAGUCUGAGCCAACAGGCGCACAGACGAGCAGCAAGCGCAAAACCAAGAUUGACGGUCUGCUUUCGACAGAGGGGGUACCUGAUGACUUCCGAUGGAGUCAUUUUGGACCGGACGAGAUGCAACAGGCAAUGCUGCUUGAUCAAGUGCUGCACAAGCCGGAUGAUGAGGGUUCGCAGCAGCCGAGCACGCUUGAUCUUGAAUUGGCGAGCUGGAACAUGAACAUGGCGUUCGCCGUGUGUGAUCUGACACUGGGUGCAUCGUCCUGCCCCCCUUCGAGCCUGGGCGGAGACGGCUUGACCGAUCAUCCUCUCCCCGAGUUGCAUGAUUCAAGCAGCACCAUGCCAGGCAUGGCCUCUGGACCAGUGUCCGUGUUUGGAAUAGACGGCAAAUCCUACUCUCCUGGUGUUGGCAUGACAUUUGACAAGGUGCCGCCGGCCCCUGGCAUCCGCCCACUGCAGGGCGGCCCCCUCGACAACAUGCCUCAUGGCGACAACGGCGCACAGCCAGCGAUAGAGGCUGAUCAGUCUUCAAGAAAGAAGUGA